AAUAUUCGUCGUAUGUGUCAGCUUAAACUAAGGGGGGAGGGAGAAAUGUCAGCUUAUUACUACGUCGUUCCACUUUCCACUAACUAUCCGUUACAACUUUCCUCUUUUUCCUUAUCAUUUUCGAAUUUUAAAAUUUAAAACCCAAGAACCUCCAUAUAUCUGUAGUAAUUAAAACUCCACAAUCCCUUCGAAUUCUCAAAUCGCAACGUUUCUCUUUAAUUUUUCAGACAGCGUUUUCUAAAACCCCUUUGUCCCUCUUUACUUCUCUGUCUGUUCUGUACUCCCUCAAAUCAAAAGUACCAGUUCACCUUUUUUUCAAGGAACACAAAAACAUGGGUGGUUCAGGGAAGUGGAUUAAAUCAUUAAUCAGCUCAAAAAAGAACCAAUCCAACGAUCCUGAGAAAGGUGGUAUCAAGAGUAGAAAAUGGAAGCUGUGGAGGAGUGCUUCUGGAGGAAUAGCUAUGUCGUCCUCGAAAGGUGUAAAAGGUGGUGGCCAUUUGGGAGAUUCAGAAGGGUCAGAGUCUUCGUUCAUGUCCGACACUACUUUGGCUGCUGCAAUGGCUACUGUAGUCAGAGCUCCACACAAAGAUUUUAUUGUUGUGAAAAAAGAAUGGGCUGCUAUUCGAAUUCAGGCUGCGUUUCGCGGUUUUCUGGCAAGGCGUGCAUUAAGGGCAUUGAAAGCAUUAGUUAGGCUACAAGCUAUAUUUCGUGGACGACAGGUGAGAAAGCAAGCUGCUAUGACCCUCAAGUGCAUGCAGGCUCUCGUUCGAGUUCAGGCCCGAAUGAGAGCCCAAUGCACUCAAACAUCCCUUGAAGGAGAUGCAAUGAAAGGAUCUCUUGCUGAUAACUCUAGCCAAGCUGAUCCAGUUAAGCAAGCUGAGGGUGGAUGGUGUGAUAGCCCUGGCACAGUGGAUGAAGUGAGGUCUAAGUUAAAAAUGAGACAAGUCGGCGCAAUAAAGAGAGAAAGGGCCAUUGCAUAUGCACAACAGAAACUGAGAACAAACCCAAGCCCGAAUUCAAGAGCAAGGAAAGUGGAAACCUUAAGUAAGAUUAAGGCUAACGGGGAUUCAAAUUGGUUAGAGCGUUGGAUGGCGAAUAAGCCUUGGGAAAGUAGAUUAGUUGACGAAUUCCAUACCGAUGCAUCGGGGAUGACCCCAAGUUCUAGGAAGCAUGAAGAUUAUGCGGUUGGAUCAGAGCGAAGUUCAGUGAAUAUUAGACGAAAUAAUGUUUCUACCAGGAUAUCUGCAAGAGGACCAAUGAGUUGUCAAAUUGUCAAUUCAUCUUCUGAGCCUUAUUCGGAGUAUUAUCCGUAUGAUGAUAGUACGUCGUCUUAUUCAUCCUUGUCAACUUCUGAAGAAGGAAAUAGCAAGAAGCCGAGUUACAUGAAUCUCACGAAGUCUAUCAAGGCAAAGGUUAAGCAGAGAAACACCAAUUGUUUGUCUCAAAGUAUGCAAAGGAUUUCAACUGAUAGCUUACAAUUCAAUAGGAAAUCAAGCCCACUUUCGAGGGUGAUAGCAAGGAGAAGUGCUGAUUGUGAUCUUUAUUCAGUUGACCUGUGUAAGGAUCUCUACCCUCCCUCAAAUGCAUUCUGAUCAACUAAUUAAAUUAGAAAAAUGAGGGCAAUCGAUGUUAUAGAAGGGGGUGUCGUUGGUAAAUUUUCUUUGUUCAUUUUACGCAACAGCUUGUUGUCUUGAUAGUGAAGGAGUUUAUUUUGUUUACAGAAUAUUAGUCUUAAUCUAUACACAGUCGCAUUAAGUGAGUUUUUACUAGCUAUGGUGAGAGACUCUAGAAGUUUGAGUAACAAUGUCAAGAGUGAUUUUCAUGUAUUAUACUGUGUGAUAUUGAAUGGUUGUUU